AUGGCCCUGCUCAGGCUCAUGGGCCGAUGUGCUGCGCUGCUCAUUGUGGCUCUGGUCUGUGAUGCCAUCGGCCUCCUCAUCCUCCUCCUGGGGAUUUUUGCUCCUCUAAGCUCCUGGGACUUCUUUGUUUACUUCGGAGCCCUGCUGCUCGCAGUCAGCCUUCUCUUCUGGGUCUUCUGGUACACAUUCAACAUCGAGGUCCCCUCUAGGGAGCUGGAUCUGGGCUAA